AUGGAUUCCCCAUUAUGUACACAGCCAGUCGGUUGUAACUUUCGUUACCAACAAAUCUUGAAAAAGUGCGUCCAGUUCCUGUUUGUAUUUGCUGCAGUGCUGAUUGUUUUCAGCCAUUUUCCAGUCAAACAUCGUUCAAAGACGAUCAAUAAUAUCAUCACAGUCAUUGAAUCUAAAGCUAAAGGUCUUGACAAUGGUGGCUAUGGAAAAUGUCCAAACGUACUGGAAUGGAUGCAGACAGGUAAAUGGAACUUAAAACCAGCCACAUGGAAGCAGAAACGAGACCAAGAGAAAUUCAUGUCCAUUAAUGGAAUCAAUAUUAUGACUCAUACAAGGAAAGAUAACUUAUGUGGAAACGUGUCGGCUGACGGUAUGCAUUACUUCAGGGCCCUGUGUAGUCCAAUCGGACCCAAACCGUGUUGCUACAACAAUGCAUGUCAGUAUAAAACAGUACAAGAAUGUCAAUGCCCAGACUGUUACGAUAUUAGAGAACUGAAGCAUGCCGAACUUGGAACUUGGGAAUCCAAUAAUAAGGACUGUCCAUUGAAGGAGUUUACUGUUGAAGAAGCUUGUGAAAUAGUUCGUGGUUCUCAGAUUCUAUUUAUGGGUGAUUCACUGAUGAGACAUUUUCAUACUGCAAUGAUGUUGUUUUUAUCUGGUAAUUAUGAUGGUGGAGCUUUACAGAAAGGUACCCCACAAUCAAUCAGAGACAAGUGUAAAGGUAUUUUCAUGUAUACAGAAAUAGAAUGUCGUUACUACGUCAGAAACAACGGUGCUGUUUGUGGUGGUACCGCUAACCUGACCAUGGCAUACGUCUUUUUCGCUAAAGAUGUACCAAAGGCUUUGGAUUAUCUUACACGCCAGGCUGACAAACCAAGAUCCAUGGCUAUGAUUGGGAUAGGCCUACACAACUGGCUGAACUUCAAUCUUAUUGAAAGCUUCGUUAAAGGCAUACAUAAGGAGAUGAAGCAUCACAAAUGGCCCAGAAUCGUUUGGCAUGGUCAACAUUACCAGGGCCUGCUGAAAAGUCCCAUUUAUGUCUCCCAAUCCAACGAAAACGUGGCCAUCUUUAACAACAAAAUGAAAGACAUUCUUCCGGAUUACAAUAUGGAUUUUUUUGAAACGUUCAGAAUGACAAAAGGUUUAUUUAGUUUUGAUGGUACGCAUUACGGUAUUGGAGCCAACAGAAUGAAGGCCAUUAUGUUAUUGCAUUAUAUUAAGCAAUUAAAAGAGAGGGGACUUUGGUAG